UCUUCUCGAAGUGAGACACCGGCGACAGUGUUGCUUUCUCUCCUCUUUUAACCCGCAUUUCCCCGUCGCAGUUUUCCCCAUCAGCUUUCGGACAGGCGACGCUUUCCCCUUUAAGGCCACGCUGGCGACUAUCAUGAUUUAUUUAUGUAUUCCGUGUGAUGUCGGCGAGCAGAAACUUGGAGUCGACUGAACCGCUGGUGAGAACAGCAGAGGAGCAUCCACCGUGUGACUGCCUCCCCUGGCUCUACCAUCCUCUCAUCUUUUGGCAGGGCGCUUGCUAAUUCAUACACGAGUACUUAUCAGAGCUGGUACGAUACUUCUUUGUGUCCGACAUGUCUUUUUAUAAUGGAAUAACAUAAGGAUAGCGACGCGCGCAAAGGACUAGAGCGCAAAAGGGAAUGCAGCUAGACCACUUCGCACUACGCAAUGUUUUGGAUAUUUAGCACCCAAAGCCAGCAGUAGGAGACUUCACGCUCAAUUUAAGGGAGCUCGCCCUCGCCUAGACCUACCUCACCUGUUGCCAUGACAUCACCAGACUCCCCUCCGCUGGUGUCCCCCUCACCAUGCCCCCCUCCUCCCCCGUCUCUCCCCUCCUCUCCUGUCCCAUCAUCCCCAGCUCCAUCCUCCUCGUCCCUGCCCCUCCCACCCGCUCUGCCCCCUACUGGCGAGGUCAUGGUUCUCGCUUUAGGACGAAAAAAGCAGCGGGUUCUCAUCGCUCUCUCCAUUUUACCGAACUUGUUCCUGGCGUUUCUUCUCAAUUCGGAUGGGUUGAUAACUCUCUCCCCUCCUCACCACUGUCGCCUGCCCAUGUCCUCUUCUUCUCCGGAGAUCCUGAACGCGUCUCUGCCCUGGGUGAAGGGGGACCGGCCCGGAGACAGCGGCGGGCCUUCACAGUGUAAACAGUUCACCAACAGUAGCCGCGCCGCCAUCGUGGAUUGUGAGAACGGAUGGGACUACAACGUCACAGAAGGACUCAAGAACAAUAUAGUGACUGAGUGGGACCUGGUGUGUGCGCAGUACUGGCUGGUUCCAGUGGAGGAGGUGUGCUUCAUUCUGGGCGUCCUGACCGGGUGCCUUGGUCUCGGUUAUACUGCAGACAGGUUGGGCAGGUCCAAGUCUCUCCUGAUCUCGCUCACCCUGUCUGUGGUUUUUGGAGUGCUGGUGUGUGUCUCUCCGUACCCCUCCGUCUUCAUCGUGAUGCGUUUCUGUUUGGCCGCUGCCAGUGCCGGAGUCUACCUCACACUGUACAUCGCACGUCUGGAGCUGUGUGAGCCCUCCCUCAGGCUGGUGGUUACCAUGGCAGCGGGUCUGAUCACAGUGUGUGGAGAGCUGCUGCUGCUGGCCGUGGCCCUGGGCUGUCAGUCCUGGAGGGGGCUGCUGGGGGCCGGAGCCGCUCCUCUCACUCUCUUCCUCAGUUAUGGCAUUCCUGGGGUCUUUCCAGAGUCCCCAAGAUGGCUCCUACUGUCAGAAAGAUCUUCCGACAUGAACUCCUUCAGCGAGAGACGAAACUCGACCCGAGAAGGAAGAGACGAUGAGAGCUUUACAGAGCUGGACUCAGAGCCGCCUCUUUCGACUCGCCCACAUCUGUCCUUCCCUGAGCUCGUCCACAGCAGAAACAUCUGGAAAAACCUUUGCGUGCUCGGAUUCACCUCGUUCAUCUCUCACGGCAUCAGUCAUUGCUACAGCUCGUUCCGCGGUGACGUCAGAGGCACGGCGCCCAGUUUCUAUUGGACGUACCUGCUGUCCGUCUGUGCGGGAGGCGGGGCUUGGCUGUUGCUGUGGGCGACGGUGGACAGGUGCGGUCGCCGUGGCAUCCUGCUCCUGUUCAUGACGAUGACAGGGCUCGCCUCUCUGAUCCUCCUCGGCCUCAUGGAGUAUUUGAGUGAGACGGCCAUCACAGUGUUUUCAGUCUUGGGACUCUUCUCAUCUCAAGCCACUGCGUCUCUGUGCAUCCUCUUCACCGCAGAGAUCAUGCCCACCAUCAUCAGGGGCAGUGGUGUGGGUGCAGUUCUCGCCCUGGGCUGCGUGGGGCGCCUCAGCUCUCCUCUCAUGGACUUAAGGAACCACUACGGCUACUUCCUGCACCACGUGGUCUACUCCUCCCUCGCUCUUUUGGCCGUUCUGUCCAUUCUGCUGCUGCCCGAGAGCAAAAGGAAGCCCCUGCCCCAAACGCUCGCCGACGGAGAGCAGUACCGGCGCCCCCCACUGGGGCGGAGGAGACGGGACAAUGUGCCUCUACUGGCCACGCCCAACCCAGAGACCUAAACACACACACGACUGUCGCGUUCACAGGAUCGAUUAGGCAAUAUAAGACUAAUAUUACAAAAAAGGGAUGACGAGAAAAGGGCUUAACAGACAUGAAGCUUCCUAACAUUGUCAUAUCCUGCCACACUGACCCCCCUCCGUAUGACCUUUUGACCUUUGACCUUCACAAAUGGGGCAUCAUUGAUAACAGACAGCUUGUAUUUCCUCGUCACCAGCAUUCAUCAUGAUUCACCAACGUCCCAGAUCAUUUUCUAGAGUCUGCUGCCUACCACAUCUGAGAAACUACGCACUUGAACCAGUCAGGCAUAACAUUGUGAAUCAGUUUAUUUAUUUCGUAUUAGUCGAUGACCAAAGAGGUGUUACUUGGAUUGCACAGAUUGCUUUUAAUUAUAGCGCUUGAUAGUGGCUUGGAAAAUACGACAUAGCAAAGGGAAUUUUUUAUCAUGCAAAGUUGAAAAAUGUGUUGGAAGAUUUUGAUGAACAGCGACGCAUGAAACCUUUGUUUUCUCAAUAUAGAAGCUACUCUUGCUGAAAAAGUUACUGCUGAUUUUGAAUUCUUAUAAAUAUGCAUUAUAAUAAGAAGAUGAAAUUUUCACUCUGUUUUCUAUUGGGAAUAUUGUGACACUUAAAGGUGCACCACAGUAUGUAACUUUUCUGGUAGAGGGUCCUGGAAAGAUCUACAGUAUGGCAUUUAAUUUAGCUAUCUCCAUGGAGACGAAUCGGCUGCAUCACCAAUCCAAGUUAGUGGCCAGAUCUGUGGAGAAGUGGGCCCGCUCAGAGUAAGAGUGCAUGUUUUUGCGGUACUUUUGAGAAAUAAAAACACCUGGAAAUGAAUAAAUACAAGAUACACUGUAUGUGUUUAAUGCUGUGCUGUAGAACAUUCCAGACAAAGCAAUGACAUCACCUUGAGACAAGCAAAUGGUGGACCCUCCACUAGAAAAGUUACACAGUGCACCUUUACACCCUUAUUUCGACCCUCAAUUUUGCGAUAGUGUUACUUAUUCCCUUUGUGUAGACUUUAAGCAGUCCUUUUUGAAUAGUAUGGCAGUUUUAUAUGAUUUUAUACGCUGGUACAAGUUUUUUAUACAGACAUGUUAAUCAGCUCGGAGAAUGAACAUUACAGUAUCAGGGGCAACCAUAGUCUCCUCUAUUAUGGGAGUGGUCACAAUGUUAUGCCUGAUUAUUUGUGUACGUCCCUGUGUUUGUUAGGUCUUCAUGUGUUACUAUGGAGCAUAUGGACAGGCUGUGCCACUGUCCACUGAUGAAGAUGUGGGUCUGUUUGCCUUGUAAAUACACUCUAGUCUCUUUAACUUGAUGUGGGAUACAGGGGGAGUGGGGUCAUGCACUUUGAGUCAGUUUUUCUUAACAUUGUGACAAACUUUGGCCCAAGUCUUUAGAGGCAAGUAGCUAAACAAACACUACCGGACAACACUUAAUAUUAACUUAAAACACUACAAAAAAUUAUAUUGUUACUAAAUCUGGCCUGGAGUCAGUGAUCUCUAAUAUUUAUUGUAUUAUAUUAGUCAGAUAUGACAGACAAAUGGCUAAAAUAAUAGAAAGCCUGGGGAUAUUAAAGCAGAAGUAAGUUAUAUUUUGUUGACAUUGGGCUGAAGUUGAACUUUGCUUUUAAAUAGACUUUGCUGUACUUUAAGUUUUUGUUAGAAAUGUUUCGACAAAAGCAAAGGCAUUUAUAUAAUAAUGGGAAUCUCUUCUUUUUAUAGUUUAUUCUGAUCAUGAGUUUGAAUUGUAAAGUUCUUUUUGUUCUAUUUUUUUCUGUAAACGAUUGCCUUUUAAACAUGCUUUCUUUGCUUGUAGAUUUUGUUUAUGUGGCUCAAAACAUCUGUAAUGAAGCAUUGCCUUUCUUUAACUCUUUACUAAAUUAUUAAUAACUUCAUUUCCAGUUUGGGCAUUCACUUUAUAUUCUUAGUUCUUAGGGAUGCACCGAUCCUGCUUUUUCAGUUUCGAUACCAAUUUUGAUUCUAUAAGUAUCUGCCAGUACCAGAAAUCAAGCAAUGUCAGUGCGUAGACUAAAAAUAGCAUUUAUUUCCAUUAAACUAAAUAAAAUAAGACAGAACUGAUCCAAAUGUGUUAUGUAGCUGAUAUUUAUCUCUCAAGGAACUACAGAAUAACUUAAAUAACUUGUAACAUAUGAAUAAAAGUUGAAACAUUGUGAGACUUUCUUUUACCUCAACUGAACCGAUAUUUGGAAUUUCGAUAUCUGAUCCAGCUAAAUUUUCAGUAUCUAUGAUCAUACCCAGUACCAGUAUUAGAUCGGUGCAUCUUUAACUCAAUCUAAUCUUGUGCUUUAGAGUUAUGUUGCUAACUAACAGACCAACUUAAAUUGUAGUCUUUCUAAAUAGGCUGUAGUCGUUAGCACAUAGGCUGUAUUCUUCUUUUAUGGUGAUUGCUCGUAUUAGGAUCUGUUUGUUUUAGCUGGAAUAUUCUCCUUUCGUAUUAAUUUAUUUCUACUACAAUGAGACUUACUUCUCCUUUAAAGCAGCCCAUGUUACAGUAACGGUAUUGAGUGAAUUAUGGAGUUUAGCCUUUUCACGUGUCUGUGUUUAAACUGGUCUCUUGUCUCUUACAUUCCUGUCUGCAUGAAGCACUCAAAGGGCUUGUCUAAUGUCUAUGUAUUUCUCAGAUGCUUCUAGUAUCUUAUUACCUCUUUAGACUCUUCUCUUUUUAGCAGGACAAACAAUUUAUGGCAGAAGUAGUGACGAUAGCUCUUGUAUUUUCAGGUUUUGAACAAUUUAAUGAUGUCACUUCCUGUUGUUGUUGUUGUUGUUGUUUUUUUGUUUAAUUUUGUACCAGAGGAUGGCCCGGUGAUAAGGUGCCGCUGUUGGACAUGGCAGCUCAAGAGGGCCAUAGGAGUCAUUAUAACUUUACCACACAAUGUCAGUCUUCAAUGUUAUUACUGUACAAGUCCUAGAUUUGAAUUUGCUCAGGCUGUUAUUAUUGUUAUAGUUAUUAUAUUAUAAACGCUGUGUCAUUUUUGUUGGGAUUAGACAGUGCUGUGCAAAGGUUUAGAUUUCAUACUGAAAGCAGGUACAAACUGUACACUGCGGAGAAGAUCUAACCUAAAGGUACAUUGUGUAACUUUUAUAGUGGAUGGCACGCAGCCUGCUUGACUCCAUGUAGAUGUUAUUGCUUUUCCGAGAAUGUUCCACAGUUUGGCAUUAAAAUUAUUUAUCUCCAUGGAGACAAUCAUGCGACAAACAGUGGCAGACUCCAACCAGAAAACUUACAUAGUGCAUCUUUAAUAGACUUAUAUAUAACAGUUAUUGUGUAGUGAUCAUAGUUUACUGAUUACUUGUUGCAGCCUUAUUGAUACUUUGCAUUGACAUCGUGCUGUGGGUGACCAGAAUGUCAAAAAAAUAAUAAUAAUAAUGAAUAAAACUGGGACACCCUUAGUUUGUGGUGGUUGGUAAUAAUAAAAUUGUGAAUCCAGGGCAUAAUUAAGGAAAAUAGUUUUGUACUUGGCCCAUUCACGACUAACAUGAAUCAGUAUAGUCACAUUUUCUUAGUUUUUUUGGUCAUUUUUAAGCAGCUUUUCUAUAUUUACCUAAACAAAUGCCUCUCUUUACUGUUGGCAGGUAUAAGAUUGGUCAAAAAUAGAGUCACCUGGGGCAAUUCUUGUAUACAAAUCACUGGUUUUGGAUAAAUCUGCUGGGACAGGGGACUCAAAACUGGGACUAUCCUGAGUAAAUAGGGACGUCUGGUCACCCUAAUCAUGCUAUGGGUGUUCUACAUGUAGCUCAAUGGUGGAAUUUUCAGCUGUUAUCAUAGUGACACAAUGCACACAUUAGCAAAAACUGACAAAAAAGAUUUAAGAUCAUUUGAAAACUCUAGAAAAACUGUUGGCAAUGAGAGAUUGUGACUAUAAUUUUAUGUGCAAGAGAUUUUUUUAUUUUUAUUUUUUUUUUUUGCAGCACAAAUCAAAUCGCAUGUUGUAGUUAGUAGUAGCAAGUAAAUCAACACUUUCUUGUCAGAUUAUGCUAAAAUGAAGCUCAGAUUAAAGUCUAACAAGCCUCAGACAGAGCAGUGCUUACAGUUAGCAUCACACCCGAGGAUUGUUGAUGGUAUGAGCUGCAAAGUGUCAAUAAUCUGAAACAUUUCUUUUACUUAGUUGCUGUGGUUAAUGCUUAUCAACAUGGUACAGAAUCCCUUUAAAUAUUCCUUAAUUUGAAUCGUCAUCUCACCAAGUUACUAUCGUUACUUUAUUCAACUUUAUACUUGUCAGUUUUCACCAGCAUUUUCCACACUUCACCAAAACCUUUGCAGAGUGCUGUGUUUAGAUUGGACAGUGAAAUUAUGUCUGUUUGACCUGAUAACUUCUUCCUUCAGACUUAGGUAUUUUUUAAUUUUGUGUAUGUUGCACUUGGAAACUCUUAUACUCAGAAAACUACUAUCACUACUUUUACUGAGGUAUCUGACAACACUGACGUCUGUUUAAUGAGUGAGCAACACUAUAGCCUGAUUUACUGUACAAUAAAACUGA